AAUCACAGCGAUAGCCGAUAGCAAAGUCCCUCUCCUCCUUCCGCUCUGGAGAAGGAAAAAAAAAAUCUCCCUUUCGCAGUCUCCUCUCCUUCUACUUAAAUCCCACUCGGGAGAUUUGAUUCCUUGCCAAGCGGAGCUCCAAGAUUUCCCUUCUCAGCGCAUCGAAUUCGGAGGUUCAAUUUCGGAUCUUUCCUCUUGUUUAGUUAGCUGUUGUUCGUUGUGGAAUAGAUACUUUCUGGAGUGAAGUUUUCGGAUAAAUCAUCUGCAUUCAAGGGAAUAUUUUUAUGACGUGGUAAUUAAGUUUUGAAGAGCUAUACCAGAGUACUUAAUGGCAACUUCAUCUGCAUGCCUUACUUCAAGACCAAUAUUGACUAAAGAGAUUUUUGGAAACCGUCUAACAUAUUCAGCGAGUCUUCCUUCCCUCGCCUUUGUGCCUCGUCCAAUCUCAGUUUCUGCCUCUUUGGACCGAAAGCAGCAUGAACAGAGAAGAGGGGUCCUUAAGUUGCUUCUUGGAAGUGUUGGAUUAGGUGUUCCUGCCAUAGCUGGUGCAAGGAAAGCUAAUGCUGAUGAGCAAGGUGUUUCUUCUUCAAGAAUGUCAUAUUCUAGGUUCUUAGAGUAUUUAGACAAGGAUAGGGUGACAAAAGUAGAUUUGUUUGAGAAUGGAACAAUCGCCAUUGUGGAGGCUAUUUCUCCUGAGCUAGGUAACAGGGUCCAGAGAGUCCGUGUACAACUUCCAGGGCUCAGUCAGGAGCUUCUCCAGAAGUUGAGAGAAAAGAAUAUUGAUUUUGCUGCGCAUAAUGCCCAGGAAGAUUCUGGAUCUCUUUUGUUCAACUUGAUUGGAAACUUAGCUUUCCCGCUUAUCCUUAUAGGAGGCUUGUUUCUUCUGUCAAGACGGUCAUCUGGUGGGCUUGGGGGCCCGGGGGGGCCUGGCUUUCCCCUUGGCAUUGGUCAAUCGAGGGCUAAGUUCCAGAUGGAACCCAAUACAGGGGUCACUUUUGAUGAUGUUGCUGGAGUUGAUGAAGCAAAGCAGGAUUUCAUGGAAGUAGUUGAGUUCUUGAAAAAGCCUGAAAGGUUUACUGCAGUUGGUGCUCGCAUCCCUAAAGGCGUUCUUCUUGUUGGUCCCCCUGGGACCGGAAAGACUUUGCUCGCAAAGGCAAUUGCUGGUGAAGCAGGUGUCCCAUUCUUUUCAAUUUCAGGGUCUGAAUUUGUUGAAAUGUUUGUUGGUGUUGGUGCUUCCCGAGUACGUGAUCUUUUCAAGAAGGCAAAAGAGAAUGCUCCUUGCAUUGUGUUUGUGGAUGAGAUUGAUGCUGUUGGAAGACAAAGAGGAACAGGAAUUGGAGGAGGAAAUGAUGAAAGAGAACAAACUCUCAAUCAACUUUUGACAGAGAUGGAUGGCUUUGAAGGUAAUACUGGUAUAAUUGUAAUCGCAGCAACCAACCGUGCCGACAUUCUAGAUUCCGCUUUGCUUCGGCCUGGGAGAUUUGACAGACAGGUGACAGUAGACGUUCCAGAUGUUCGGGGACGAACAGAAAUACUGAAGGUGCAUGGAAGCAACAAAAAGUUUGAGAGUGAUGUUUCACUUGAUGUUAUAGCAAUGAGAACUCCUGGUUUCAGUGGAGCAGACCUUGCCAAUCUUUUGAAUGAAGCAGCUAUUCUUGCUGGGCGCCGAGGUAAGACAGCAAUAUCUUCAAAAGAGGUAGAUGAUUCAAUUGAUAGGAUUGUAGCUGGAAUGGAGGGAACAGUAAUGACAGAUGGUAAAAGCAAGAGCCUGGUUGCUUAUCAUGAAGUUGGCCAUGCAAUAUGCGGAACUCUUACUCCGGGACAUGAUCCAGUACAGAAGGUCACUCUAAUUCCUCGGGGUCAAGCCCGGGGACUGACAUGGUUCAUCCCUAUGGAUGAUCCUACUUUAAUCUCGAAGCAACAACUUUUUGCAAGAAUCGUCGGUGGUCUUGGAGGUAGAGCUGCCGAGGAGGUGAUCUUUGGGGAUACUGAGGUGACCACUGGCGCAGCUGGUGACCUGCAGCAGAUUACUGGCUUAGCCAAACAGAUGGUGGUAGCAUUUGGAAUGUCUGAAAUUGGUCCAUGGUCACUGAUGGAUUCAUCAGCGCAAAGCGGCGACGUUAUCAUGAGAAUGAUGGCUAGAAACUCCAUGUCUGAGAAACUUGCUGAAGACAUAGAUGCCGCGGUGAAGAGGAUUUCAGACAGUGCUUAUGAGAUUGCUCUUGGUCAUAUAAGGAACCACCGCGAAGCCAUGGACAAGAUAGUUGAUGUUCUACAGGAGAAGGAAACAAUGAGUGGUGAUGAAUUCAGAGCAAUUCUUUCAGAGUUUGUGGAGAUUCCGAUCGAAAACAGGGUUCCUCCGGCACCAGUAGCAGUAUCGGCUUAAUUCACUUGGUUUCCACAGCUUUUUUUCCACUUAAACCUCAUUAGUAUUCAUGUGGAAUAGUUGAUUCGCCAUCUCCAUAACCUCAUCUUAUAUAAUAGUCAAUGUUACUGUAAUUGAAUGUUAGAUAGUUUCUGAUGAAAUAGUUUGUAUCUUAACCUCAUGAAAACAAAUUUUUAUUUUCAUUUGCAGAA